AUGCUAGCGCUCCAAUCAGCAGCACGGUGCGGCUCCAGACGUUGCCGGACGUGCCCGCCGCCCGCUCUCCUCCGCCGCACCUUCGCCAUCUCCCCCUCGAUCCAGCUCGACUCGGCACCCGCACCACACGCCAGCCAGCCUCGAGCUGUUAUCCCUGAGCUGCAGACGCCUCUACGACUCGUAACGAAGCAGAAGGGGAGGCAGGGGUGGCAGAAGGGCGUCCGCGAGUCGCACGAAAGGGGUGUCGAGUCUGCAGCACCACCGGAGGGGACGGCCCCGGCGACCGGCAAGAGUGAGGCGAGCCGCAGACGGAAUCUUUCGCAGAAGCAAUGGCAGGUCGCACGCCGAAGGUACAUGGGCCACAGUCAGGCAACCAUUCGUGCGGAGGUCCAUGAAGUGAUGGAGCGAGGGGAAAUGGUUGGACCUACGCCCCACCAGCGCUUCACCUACGCCGCCCGACGAUUCCUCAGCCAAACGCAGAACGAAGUCCCGACGAAGGAGCUCAAGCUCUUGCGAGGGCGGGUAUCGGCUCUUCAGGCGCGGUUGCGACCUUGGGAAACAAUGACGACGGGACAGAAGAACGAGGAGGUCGAGCGGUAUCGCUCCGUGUUGCGGUUGAACGGGCUUUUCCACAGCGCUUCUCCACCGAAGACCGACCCUGCUUCCGAGUCGGCAGCUCUCGAGGCGGAAGCCGCACCCAGCGACAUACCCAUCCGCCCCCGUACCCGCAGCGACAUUCCAGCACACCUCGCCGAAGGCGGGCAGCCCAGCCCGCGCUACACUCCGCCCGAACCUGUUCCCAUCGACCGGACUGCGGAACGCGAGCGGCUGAUGAACGAACUGGAGGCGCAGUGGCCGCGCGACAUGCAGGACAUGGAGCAGGCUAUUCGCAUCUACGGCUCGCGCAUCGUGGAGAUCGAAGCUUCGAACGGCAGCACCUCGCGCGUUAUCGACCCCAACGCUCCCAAGCCCAAAGACCGGAACGGUCCCUUCUUGCUCGACAAGAUCGCCCAGACGCUCGCGGUUGGAGGGGAUGCCGCGAUGGCUGAUGCGGUCAAGGAGGAGAAGGACUUUAUGAAGGAGAAGUGGUGGAAGCCAAAUCUUGCGACGACUAAGCUGGCGGGAUUGUUGCCGCAGACGAGGAAGAGUGGCCCUCGCAAGCGAACGCCGAAGCCUGCGUCCGAGAACAAGGCGUGGGACGGCAGCGACCCGACGCUGUACCAGUCUGAGCAGCCGCCUGUCGAACCCAUCGACAUCUCGACCUACAAGCACGUCCUCACGCCCGGCAACAUCUCCUUCGACUCGAUCCCUCCUCCCGGCGGUCCCGUCCCCAUCGCUACUCUCGCCCACUCGCUCGACCGAGUCCUCUUCAACCCCGGCGUACACUUCCUCCAAGACCCUCGAUCAGGCGUCUACAACUUUGCCCGCGACACGCUCGAGAACGUGCCGCCCAUCGACAAGUUCGACUUCUCGAAGCUGCCGCAGUACAUCACGAGUUCGAAGGAUGAGGCGUUGCAGGGGCUGGCGAAGGCGGAGGAUCGGAAAUUUGUCGGGAGUACGAGUUCGACGACCGGCAUGCUUUGCCAGAUCUACUUCUGGCUCAGCAAGUACAAGCCCGUCAACCUGAGCAUGCUCAGUCAAGGGUUCGAGGAUAGCGAUCGCGGCUUCAGCUUCGGCCAAAAGCUACCGGCCUCGGUCGUUCUCAACUACAGCGACGGGCGUUACGCUAUCGACGCCGACAAAUCUAUUGACAAGACGGCCGACCUCAACGUUCUUCGCGACUACGGACACCUGAUGGAGAAGCUGUUGACCACCGAGGCGAGCGAGUUCAAGCGGUUCCUUGUCGAUGCCGAGGACCCCGCCCCUUCCGAGGCGAACGACCGACAAGCUUACCACUACGCCAAGACCAAGGACAUGGUCCUCCGCUCUCAGCUCGACGCCUGCAACGAGUACCUCCCGAACAAGACGUUCGACUUGAAGACGCGCAGUACAGUCGCCGUCCGACAAGACCGUCUGAACUGGGAGGCCGCUGCCGGCUACACCAUCGACCGGUUGCGAGGGGCGUAUGAGUCGUUCGAGCGGGAGUACUACGACCUGAUCCGCUCGGCCUUCCUCAAGUAUCAGUUCCAGGCGCGAAUCGGCGGCAUGGACGGCAUCUUCGUCGCCUACCACUCGACCGAGCGCUUCUUCGGCUUCCAAUACGUGCCGAUCGCCGAGAUGGACGAGGCGCUCUUCGGCUCGCAUGAAGCAGGCGACCAGGUCUUCCGCCUCUCGCUCGGCGCGCUCGAGCACGUCCUCGACGAGGCGACCAAGUGCUACCCGGACGAGACGGUCAACUUGACCUUCGCCGCGCAGGAGGACACGGACGUCUUGCGGGUGUUCGUAGCGCCGCAGCGCGAGAUGGCACGCCUCGAAGAAGGGGAGGCGCGGGCGGAGGAGUCGGGAUUGGAGGGCGAUGACAAGAAGCAGGUGUUGGCGGGGCUCGUCGAGGGAAUCGACAUGACCUUGCUCGAGCUCAAGGGGUCCAACUACCUCGACGGCGUCUUCCAGGAGGGUCCCGUCUCGGUCGAGCGCCGCAGCACGGGCAAGAACGUCUUUGCCGAGUUCCUCAACAGGGACGCGGAGGUCCCGACGUGGCAGGUCGGCUACAACGUCGAGUCGUCGAACACGAAGACGGGCGGCCCUACGCCCGCUGGCGCCAUCGCGGCCUUCUUUGCCGACACCCGCAGCCUGCAGAGGGCCUUCUCCAGCGUCAUCCUCCCUGCCGGCAUCACCCCUGCCGACGUCGCUGCUGCCGCCGAGCGCGCGCGCGAGGAAGGCGUCGAGCUCGACGAGUCGGAUCUCGCCGCUCGUUUCCCUCUCGGCGACGGCAUCUCGUACCGCGGCCCGACCAGGUAUGUCGAGAACCUGCGGAAGUUGGCGAGGGACGGCAUGGAACGGAGGCAGGCUGAGGAGGAGAAGCGGCAAGCGGACCGGGGCGACGCGAGAGAGAAGAUUGUCGAGGUUCAGUCAAAGAUUGUCGUUCGCGAAGCAUAG